CUACCAGGUUGGUUCAAUAAAAUCAAAUAGUUAAGUAAGAUAUGGAAAAAAAGUUUUACUACUCGAAACAAAAAAAUUUUGUACACGAAGCAACAGCAGCGUGGAAUGGGUAUACAAACACAAACAAUCAGGAACACAAGACAGAUACGCAAUCGCAACAACUUGACUCGCCUGAGGAUUUGGCCGUAGUGCCCUCCAAUCAAAAGGCCAAUAGCCAGGUGCUGCCGGUGCAGCCAAAGCCUUUUCAGAGAGACACUUUUCUAGCCAGCAACGCACGCCAUCGCAUACUUGAGGACUUGGCCGGCGAGUAUCAUCGGCUGGUGCGCGACAUCGAGUGGCAUUUGCCGGGGGAAGCGGCCAAUUCGGGCAGACGCUUGGCAGCUGGCGCCAGCCAAGUGCUCUUUAGGUAUAACCAUCAGGUCAGGGAGCCUGCGGACUGGCAGCCGGAUUUGCAGCAGGAUUUGGAAGAGGAGAGUGGCGAUUAUACCAUUGGAUUUGUGGAGCUGUUCCGCCAGCGUAUGCACUACGAUCGACUGGGCAUACCGGUGACAACAUUAGAGCUGAUCUACAUGGGAGAUCGCGAGCGCGAAUGGCGCCGACAGCAACGCAAGGAGCGCGAGCGCGAGCGAGAGAGGGAGCGGGAACGGGAACGGGAGCGGGUGCGGGAGGAGCGUGAGGUCGAGAUCUACCAGUGCCAGCAGCGCACACGCCAGGACAGCUACACCCAAACGGAGGGUGAACGGGUCCAGCUGGGUCAGCGUCUGGACGGCGGCUAUCGAGCUCAGGAUGUCUGUGCGUGCGGAUACAUGGAACCGGAACCACCGACCACAUGCGCCGAACUUUACUGCGUUGCCGACUUUAACGGGAACGGGAACGGAAACGGCGAUGGGGACGAUGACUGCAACAAGCCGUUCCACAAGAUGGAGCCAUGGCAGCAGGAGUGCGAUGAUUUCUAUGAGCCGGUCAACCUACCAAAUCCGUUGAGCACCUCCACUGGUCAACCAUACGCACGAUCCGGUCAGUACUUUGAAGAGUUGCCGGUGCAGUCGAUGCAUUACAAUCAGCCGCUGUUGGAAGAGCAAGAGCCAAUCGAGCCGCAAUUCGAGCUGGAGCCGAACCAAAUUGUUGAUCCCAAUCUAAUGGAGCGGUCGGUGGAUUGCGGCUGUUGCAGCUGCCAGGCUAUGCACAAAGUGGAAAACCUGAAGAGCAAGCGCUUGAUCAAUGGGGCAGCGCCCCCACCGCCGCCGCCGCCACCGCCACCUCCUCCACCACCGCCGCCACCACCACCACCUCCAACAGCAACGAACACAACAAUAACAAUGACAACAACAACACAACCAACACCACCACCACCCCCACCCCCACCGCCGCCGACCCACGUAUUAACGACAGCGCCGAAAGAGCGCAGCAGCUCGGCACAUCAAAGGAAAGGGGAGAAUCGAAAGCCGGAGAAGCAACGGGAUGCCUUUGCGGCCGAUCCAGCCAAAUCGAGCCAGAGCCAACUUAAGAAGCCGCAUUCACUUGGCUUCCGCUAUCGCUAUCCAUCAAUAUCCAACUACAGCGGCAAACGGACACAAAGUCUGGAGUCCAAUAAUAAUGUCGAGUUGACCCAUCGGCUGCGCCGCACGCCCAAAAUUGUGAAUUUGCCCGGCAGGGUGGCCGCCCAGCAGCACGCGGCAAAGCGGUUCGGUAAGUACCAGGCGCUCAGCCUGGAUACCACGGAUAAGGUGAAGGUGCUCCUGGCACCGUGCACACCUCGUUUGCUGCUCAACGAACAGAAUAUGUCCGGUCUGAUGAAAACCAAGCCCAUUGUCCACACGGAGACAUCGUCGCUGCAGCAGCUGGAUCAUGAGCUGGACGGCAUGCCAGAGAUUCCACAGGCAGCUGCUCAGCUGUCGUCCGAGUGGAGUGGCAUAAAGGACGGCUCGGCGGACACCCUAAACGAGGUGUGGUGCAAUCCGAGUGCCUUCGACAAGACUCGCCCACCCGGCGGCCUAUAUAGUCCGCGCGAGAGGAUCAAAUAUUUGCCAAUCGAUGCACUGAAUGUUGGCCAUGUGGGCGCUCCGAUCCUGGGCGAGGAGGCCGCACGCGCUGCCGUUGAGCGAUGCGCCUACUUGUCCCGCGACUUCGACUGCCUAAGCCGGGAGCAGCGCGCCCAGGACAUUGCCUUGCGCCUGCGCCAGCUGCGUCUGUUUCAGGACAAGGCCAGCCGCAAUUAUAUGCGCAUGCUGAGCGCCAUGGGAUCGGCGAACUGGCGGAAGUCGAGCAUCGGGGACACAGGUGGCAUACAGUUCGAGUGUCCACUACGCAUGCCGGGCUGUUCGACUGUUCGUCUGCUCAACGAAUCGCUGCUGGCCCACUUUCUGGAGGUGCAUCUGAGUGAACCGGGACUGGCCCUCAAUGAGAUCUACGAACGGGAUCAGGUGCUGAUCAUGUUCCAGCCGCGCUCCUUCAAGCGAUCGCAGAACGUCUGCCUAUCGAUGAUCGUCUAUGCUGGGUACAAGAAUAAAUCCUUCGAGCUGCCCCUCAUGCAAUACGCGCGCGUCUACAAUGCGGGCCUGCCCAAAGACUAUGCCAAAUACACGGGCCACAUGCCCCUAUUUGUGAUGGCCUGUCGCACCCGACUGCAGCAAAAGCAACAGACGCAGGGAUCCACGGAUUUCCAUUCCGCAUCGACAGGCGCAUCCAACGCCACAUCCGAGACCCUGUCUGCCGCCGAGGAGGUGCGCAUGGGCGGUGAGAACGUAAUGGCCUUGUGGAUGGUCAGCUUGGAGCUGCCGCAGCCGGUGCACGUGCACAUGACCGUCUUCAAUCGGCGCGUCGACAUCUGCCGCAGCAGCAUUAUGCAGGUGCGUGGUCUCGACCAGUGCCACAAUUGCGAUCAGUUCAUGCUGAACAGCAAGAACUAUAUGCGACUGACUGGACAGGACUUGCGUGUGCUAACCAAUGACUACACAGAGCCCAUCUAUUUGGAGCUCUCUGUUCGGGAUUAUGCGGUCCCCAUAACCCACGAUAGACCCAUCAAACUGCGUCCCACGCUGAUCCAAUGAUGUGAAAAUCCGUAAAUCCAUAUGGGAAAAACUCGGGAAGCGAAACUUUUAUGUACUCCAUCAUCAUCUCAACGAUUUGUUAACCAAAUUUUAUUGCAAUGUUUCUAGCUAGUAAAAAACUAACCAUAUUUGGCAUAAACAAUAAGUUACUAGUAAUAAAAGUAUCCCAGAGAUA